GUUUUCAUUAAUUAUUAAGAUUGUUAGGUGUUACGCGGAAAGAAUUUUAUUUUCGCGACGUUGGCAACACUGGUAUUUGUAAGUUAGUGCCUCAAGAUACGAGCACGAUGUUCGAGAAAAGAUUCGAAGGAAGAAGCUGAAGAAAUUACAUAAUUGUUUCCUGUGUUAUGGACCUCGUCGUAACUUCACAAGCAGAGUAAGCAGAGGCCCAACAUCUGGAUUUUAUUUUGUCGCAAUAAUCUGGAACGUUGAUUCGGAACGAGAUGUUAAGACCUCGAGAAAUCGACGUAGACCAACCAAGUAAGACUGAGCAAUUAUCUAAUUGGAUAAAGAAAGUACGUUGCAAGAAAUUAAUGUGCCGCCGAAAUCGAAAACGCAAUUUACGCAUAGAAGCUGUUUUGUCAUACGCUCUUUAUAAAGCUGAAUACGAACUACGAAGAAAACAGCUUUCAAGGAUUUCACAAUGGCGGAAACUUAAACCAAAAUUUUUGCAAAAUUCACGAUCUGAUGAUCAUAAUUGCGAAAGCCUGGAGUAUUCCGAAAUAUAUCAAGAAAGUAAUCUAUGGCAUGAACCAGUAUGUCAGGAAUUGAGCAGCUUAAAUGAUUUUAUGUUGAAACUUUCUGAAAUCAAAGCUCCACUGCAACGAUGAAAUUGCGUAAACAGAUGAAUGGGCCUGAAAAUAGUAUUUGGCUCUCGCCAAAUAAUCCAACGUCCACGAUUAAACUUUGUACCAAGAUUUCAUCAUUUGGAUGGAACUGAAGGACUUUGCAGUACCAACUCGUGUACUACGGCAUCUAGAAGUUACAUCAUUACCCUGGUGUAUAUCUAGAAAUUUUUUAC